GAUUUUUCCGGAUGGGGCGUGUGCGGCUGCCGCUGCCGCAUCGUGUGCACGCCAAAUUCUCUCCCUCCCCUCCCUCCUCCUCCUCGUCCUCCUGCCGCUGCUACUGCCUUGCCUUAUCCGCGCCUCUCCUCACCAAGCUAGCUAACCGCGAUACAUACGCAGUACUUCUCUCCACUUCACAAACACCCUGAGGCAUACACUCUCUCUCGGUCUCUCCCCUUCUUGCCAAUUCGAGCUGAGGCUGAGCUGGGCUCUAGCAAGGGCGAUGAACAUCUUGAACCAGCCGAUCAACCCUUGCGGCCACCCGGCGUUCCCGGCGGCAAGGGAGGCCGGCCAGUUGAUGCCGGCGUCCGUCCGGUUCGACGGCCUGUCGACGCAGCCGAGCACGGCGGCGGCUGCCGUGGGGCGGGCGCACACGGGGCAGUCCCCGCGGUGGCAGGCGCAGACGCUGCGCCGGCCGAGCAGCUACGUCGGCGUCGAGCACGACGAGGCGGCGGACGGCGGGCAGUCGGCCGCCGCACUGGCGCCGUUCCAGCCGCUGACGCUCGACUUCCUGCGGUCGCUCCUGGACAGGAACACCGCCCUGGCGGACGACGAGGGCCAGGGCGCCGACGUCGCGCCGCCGCAGCUGCGCGCGCUGCGGGUGGUGGUCUCCUCCGCCGUGGAGCUCGACGCGCGCCAGACCGAGCUCAUCGCGCGCAAGAUGCGCCGGAUCACCGGGUUCGCGAGCCUGACCAUCGAGAACGUCGUCGACCCAUCGCUGAUCGCCGGCUUCGUCGUCUGCUACGGCCCCGGCGAGUCCCACGUCAUCGACCUCAGCGUCAAAGGCAAGCUCGCCGCGCUCAAGAACCGCGUCGACUCCUUCGACCAGAGCAUCUCCCACCCGCACCCCUGAGCCACACAUGUUCCACACACACACACGCACACGCACACGCAGCGAAUUAGCGUGCUCCGCCGCCGCCGGCUCGCCGGCCGGACCAUAUACAAGUACAGCUCCGUCGUAAGCUCGUAAUUAUCCAAUGGACUCUAUACAGAAGAAGAACGCCGACGACUCGCCGUCGCCAACAACAGUUUUCCUAUCUAGUGUUGUUGUCAAUCGUGAGAUGCUAGCUACUCGCUACCGUUCAGCUGAGCCUAUAUUUGUAUACUUGUAAUAUUCCUUAUUAUUCUUGCUGCGUAUUUUUCGCUGAAAUUAAACAGCAGGUUCUAUAUGCUGUUGUAAAGUACUAAAAGUUGCGGUUUGUAUGCGGAAUUCGGAAGUCAGAGCUCUGUAAAUGCUAGAGCAGAGACUAAUGGUGAGGAAGCACAGGAGUUGUAUACAUCAAACAUGACUAUCUUCAAAUGAGAACAUGUAUUAUUAUCUAGCCA